UGCGUGUGCUUCAAAAAAUUAUCCACAGUUGCGCUACUUAAGCUGAAAUUCACAACGCGCACUUAAGGUAGGGCGAAUCCCGUCGCUGAUUGGUCAAAAGCCUGCGUCCGACCGGUGCGUCAGCCAAUCACAGGCGAGAUUCCCCCAACCUACGGUGCGCAGCUGACAUUUGUAAACAAACGCGCUCCGUGAUGAGGCCUUCCAGCCACACCAAGAGGCGAAAUUUCAGCGAACAGGAGAAAACUCUCUUAUUUUCCCUAAUCAGCAAGGAAAAACAUGUGCUGGAGUGCAAGGACAUUAAGGCCCACACCCUCGAGGAGAAGAGAAAGAGCUGGGAAAAGAUAACACUUACUUUUAAUGCAGAUACGAGCGUGGUUGUUAUCCCUCGCACUGUCGAAGAACUCCGCAAGUGUUGGAUGAAUCAGAGAUACAGAGAGAAGCAAAUUGCAGCGGCUGAAAGAAAGAGGCCCGAUUGUCCACAGCAGUACGGGGAAAAUCCAACUUCCCCAACGACUAUGAAUGUUGAGGUAGAUCCUGUCAUACUAAAUCGUUCACCGGAACCUGUACAAAACUCUUGGGAGGAUGACCUUAGCAUCAAGAAUGAAGAUGAUGGACAGAUACAGGGACAGCAACAAACUGUACACCAUCAGCAGACACAGCAGCAGCAACAUCAACCACAACAACAGCAACUUCAACAGCAGCAGCAGUCACAACAACUUCAACAUCAACAGCAGCAGGAACAGCAACAACAACAACAGCAGC